AUGAUCGCCAAACUAUUCGGCACCACAGCGGCACCAUUCAAAAUAUUUCUGCGUGUACCGACCUUCUUCUAUCGCUCCGCAGGCAUUGACUUGUGGAACACCCAGGACACAUUUAUACAGCGAGGUUUAUUCUACUUUAGUGCAGGCAAUAUUCUGUUUUUCAUAGUCCAAGAAAUGAUUUUCGUUUUGAAAUUUGCCAAAGACUUUGUACAGGCAACAAUGAUCGUUUGCUAUGCCGGCUACAUUCUAAUCGGUUUAAUCAAAUUAUGCUACGUAUGGAGCAAGAAGAGUGAUGUGAGUCACCUGCUAACACUAAUGGACAACAUUUUUCCGCACACCGAGGAGCAGCAAAAAACGAUGAAUAUGCGUCGCUACUUGCGUCGCAGCUCCUUAGUAAUGAACUCUUUUUCGUUGAUUUUCAUGGUAGCUCUCUGUACGUAUAAUCUGUACCCUUGGGUGGAGCGUCAAAUUUAUGAUUGUUGGCUGCAUUUGCGUACCGUCGAAAAGGUGUUGCCCUAUGAAAUUUACGUUCCCUGGGAUUUGAGUAAUCACUGGAGUUUCUAUUUAAUUUGGCUACUCCAAAGCGUUGCUGCCUACCAUGCAACAGCCGGACAUAUUGCUAGUGAUAUGUUGAUUUGCGCAGUGGGAACACAAAUUAUUAUGCAUUACGAUUAUGUGGCCAAAAGGAUGACCGAGUAUCAACCGCAAUGGGGCGCAUGUCACCGACAAAAGAUGAAUGAGGCAGUGAGUAGUCGGCGAUUGAAUAUGAAAGACCAAUCAAAUAUGGAGAGGGACGCAUAUAAUGAGGAUAUGAUAUUCCUUUGUGACACCAUAACCUAUCACGCAAAUAUAUUGAGUUUAUCGGAUAUUCUAAAUGAGGUCUUGGGUGUGCCAAUGCUAGUCAACUUUAUAGCCUCGUCCUCCAUCAUUUGUUUCGUAGGCUUCCAAAUGACUAUGGACACUGGACUGGAUUAUAAGAUUAAGCUGACGAUGUUUUUAUUUUCGUCUUUGCUGGAUAUUUAUUUGAUUUGCCACUAUGGACAGUUGCUUAUCGAUGCGAGUGUCAAUAUAGCUCAAGCCACCUUCAAUCACGAUUGGACCAAUGCACACAUCAAUUAUCAGCGGAUAUUGGUACUAAUGGUAGCGCGCGCUCAAAAGCCCGCAAUGUUGAAGGCAACGAAUCUUGUGAGCGUCUCCCGUGGCACGAUGACUGUUAUAAUACAAAUUUCAUACAAAUUCUUCACUCUCAUCCGCACGAUGUACAGCAAUUAA